CCGUAUGUCCCCUAUCUCUCUCUCCAGUUCCCACCUAAUCAGCACCGAUGUCUGUGGUCCAGUCCACCACACCCAGAUAGAUAUGGAGGUUUCUUACUGUGUAAACCCAACCCGAGUUCAAUCUCAUUGGCCUAAAUGAAAUCCUUCCUCUCAUCAGUUUCUUUCAAACCACUUUCCAACCUUUCUCCUUGGCUGUGUUAUACUUCUUCCUACUCAUCAUCAUCAUAACCAGUUCCUUUAAUUUCAUCUGACAACUGAAAGGUACUUUGAAUCUGAGAAAAAGAACCUAACCAUUUCAUCAUCACAAACAAGAACAUAGCUAGGGUUUUUGUCCACUGCAAAAUCUUCAGAUGUUCCCUAAUUCCAGUUACCCUUACCCUUAUUUUCCUUCUUCCUCAUCUUCUUCUCCUUCACCAUACCCUCCUUUCAAUUUCCUCAACCCUGGAAAUGCUUCAACAAACAACAUCUUCCUCCAUGACCCUCCUCCUCUUCCUUCUGUCCCCUACACAAACAACACCACCAACACUCACCACCACCAUGCCCCUCCAACCUGCUCAGAAACCUUCACCAAUUGGGCACUUGCAGAUGCAAUGCUCAAGCAAGAAAACCUCACUGGUGGGCCCCACCAUCACUACAACCUCUCCAACUUCCUCACCAGAAAACUACCAGCAGCAAAAAAACCAGCCAAGAAGGACAGGCACAGCAAGAUUCACACCUCUCAGGGCUUGAGGGACAGGAGGGUGAGGCUUUCAAUCGAGAUCGCGCGAAAGUUCUUCGAUCUUCAAGACAUGUUAGGGUUUGACAAAGCCAGCAAUACCCUCGAGUGGCUCUUCAGCAAAUCAAACAAAGCAAUUGAAGAGCUUUUCAGAAGCAAGCAUAGUGAUAAUAACAAUAGCACUGGUGCUUGUGCUGCUGAUGGUGAUGGUGAUGGUGAUGAUGACAGCUUCUCCUCUUCCUCUUCAGAAGAUGAAGUUGUUUCUGUGAAAAGGGCACAGAAAGAAAAAGAACCUUCUGGUGUUCAAGCAAAGAUGAAGGAAUCAAGGGAAAAAGCAAGGGCAAGAGCAAGGGAAAGGACUAGUAACAAGAUGUGCCCUGAAACUGAAAAUCCUCAAAUGCAGCUUCACCAAUUCAGUUCAGAGUUUCAGCCUCAUCAGGAACUGCAUAGAGAUGAUGAUUUCAAGGUUUUUGAGGAAUCCAUUGUGAUCAAGAGGAAGUUGAAGCAAUCAUUGAUGUCUUCUUCUCAUCAUCACCAGAACCAAAACAUUGGGAUCCCUAAGGAAGCAAGUUUCAACAACAACAACAAUAGUGAGUGUCCCUCUUCCUUCCCUAUGUCUCCAAAUUGGGAUGCUAGUGGUGCCACUCCACGCUCAAACAUUUGUGCAAUAGCCAGCGUGAAUCUCUCAACAGGGCUUCAAAUCUUUGGAAAAUCUUGGGAGGAGUGCACCAGUCCUCAUCUACACUAAAAUAUGUUAGUUUUCAUCAUAAUCUAUGAUCUGAGUGAAGUCUCAAGUACUUUGCCAAGGAAUUAUUAAUCAUGGAGGCAUCUUUCAAUUCUGUGACAUUUUCUCUGUGCCCGAUCUUUCUCUUUGGACGAUGUCUGUACUUAUCUUUUUGCUCAUGAUCAACCAGGGCCUGUGACAGUUGGCAAAACAAUUUAAAGGAUGCUAGCUGCGUGUAUUGUUUAUGACCAAUAUUUAAAGUGUGGCUCAUGUCAUAUAAAGGCCAACUAUGUUUAUCAAGAACUGUCCCCUUUCUACCAGAUUUCAAUAUUUACAUAUGUAAUUUUUGGUUUAUCAUCUCUUUAUUAUUAACUGAUGAUAUAUAUUCCAUGGUUGGAAACUUCUAAGCAGCUUUAUCCCCUUGGUUGAAAGAGGAGGUACACAAGAAAUUUCAGAUCUUUGAGCUUUUGCUUGCACCGGAGGUAUACAUGUUGGGUAUGAAUAUUAUAUAUGCUGAUUUACACAAUUAGUAAUCAUCCUUCAGGAAUUUU